CGUUGGUGAUGUGGACACCAAGGAACUUGAAGCUCUCAACCUGUGAUUCGGUGCUUGGUCCUGUGUUGUCCAACAGAGUUCUGUUAACUGUUCAUGACUGACGUGUCUUCUAACUGUGAGUGAACUGUAUGACUGUGGGUGAUUUGAUCUGUAUGACUGUGGGUCAUUUUAUCUGUAUGACUGUGGGUCAUUUGAUCUGUAUGACUGAUCUGUAUGACUGGGUGAGUGAUCUGUAUGACUGUUGUGAGUGAUCUCUGUUGUGUGUGUCUGUUUCUGACUGUGUGUUUCCGAUUAUGUCCGUCUCUGUUCUGACUGUUUGAUCUCUGUCUGUCUGUGUGUGUGGUUGUGGUUUCUGUCUUGAGUAUGAUCUGUCUGUCUCUCUGUUCUGACUGUAAUUGCUCUCUGUUAUUCAAUUUUGUUAUUUUACCUUGUCUGAUUCUGUGUGGUUGUGCUGCCUGUUAGAGCUGUCUGUGUAGUUGGUCUGUGUGACAUUUGAUUGAGUGUGACGGAUGACUCCCUCUACUAUCUGACUGACUGAUUUGGUGUGAUCACUCUGUCUACUCUCUCUGGUGUCUUGUCUGAUCGGGUGAGUGUGUUGUCUUGGCUGAUUGGUUGAUCACUCUGUACUCUCUGUGUGGAUAUGAUUGGUGUCUCCCUAUCGUCUGAUGGCUGUGUCUUCUCUGUCUUGAUUGGUUGGGGCCUACUUCCUCUGAAUCCUGAUUGGGUGCACUUGUCUCCUGCAGGGGCACACUUCACCAGGCAUCAGCACAGCCAUGCUACCUCCUGCCGACACUUCCACCUAGGGGCCCCUCAGGCGCCCAUCUCAGCUGAGUUCCCCCUGGGUCACGUCAGCCAACCCCCCCAGACUGGCCUGGCCCCUCACCUGCCCCCGGCCCCCCACCACCCUCCGCCCCUGCCGCCCCCCCCUCAGUUCCAGGACGUCACUGGGCCUCCGUUCCUACCUCAGGCCUUACACCAGCAAUACCUCAUCCAGCAGCAGCUUCUAGAGGCGCAGCACCGCAGGAUCCUCCCACACUCCAGACGAACUCUGGAGCGCGUUCCUCUGAACCCUCACAGACUCCGCUCUGGGUACGACUACUCCCCUCCCAUCCACGUCCCACAGCCAAUCAGCCAGCAGCCGCGCUACCUGGCCGAAGGCACAGACUGGGACCUCAGUGUGGACGCUGGCCUCUCUCACCAUCAGUACCAGCUCCAGCAGCUUCCACAGCACUAUCAGCAUUACCUGGCAGCAUCCCCCAGAAUGCACCACUUUCCCAGAAACACCUCAUCUGCACAAGUGGUUGUGCAUGAGAUCAGAAACUACCCGUACCCCCAACUCCACCUGUUGGCUUUGCAGGGCCUCAACCCCUCACGUCACGCUUCCGCUGUACGAGAGAGCUAUGAGGAGCUGUUGCAGCUUGAAGACAGGCUGGGAAGUGUCAGUAGGGGAGCUGUUCAGACCACCAUAGAGAGAUUCACCUUCCCACACAAAUACAAGAAGAGGAAGCCUCUAGAUAAGAAGAUUGGCGAGGAGGGUGAGGAGACUGAUGUGGAUGAGAAAUGUACUAUCUGCCUGUCGAUGCUGGAGGAGGCAGAGGACGUCAGGCGGUUACCCUGCAUGCACCUCUUCCACCAGGGCUGUGUGGACCAGUGGCUGGCGACCAGCAGGAAGUGUCCAAUCUGCCGCGUGGACAUCGAGACGCAGCUCCACCCGGACAGCUGAUGGCCCAGGGGUGGAGCCUGACGGCCUGGCUGCUGUCAAUCACCCUGGCGUGGUUCCUGCUCCCUUCCACUCGGCCCUGCCCCUCCCUACAUGGGUGCUUUGCCAAAUGUCUCCAGUUGUCAUGUGACAUCAUCACCCUCUCUGACUCACGCUUUACUGAGCCAACCCAGGAUUACUUACUGCACGAGAGACUGGAGACUGACUCUCUCUCUCUCUCUCUCUCUCUCUCUCUCUCUC